AUGCCUGGGAACCGCUUCCAGCUCGUCAUGAAAAUGCUGCACUCCGUUGACAACACGACCAUCCAGAACUUGGAAGGACACCCUCAACCUCUGCUCCGAAAAAUCUGGCCAGUGUAUCAGGAGCUUGUGAAGAAGUACCAUACAUUGUACGUGCCUGAGCGCGACAUAAGUGUCGACGAAAGCUUGUUACUUUUCAAGGGACGGCUCAGUUGGAAACAGUACAUGCCUCUAAAAAGAGCAAGGUUCGGCAUCGAGUCAUUCCUGCUGUGUGAGUCGGAAAGCGGCUAUAUAUGGAACUCUAUAAUAUAUACGGGAAAAGGCACCGACCUGGAGACCUCGUCAGUAGCAACGGAAAGCUUCGGAAUGGCAACAAAAGUUGUAGUGAAGCUUGUGGAGCCUCUCUUGGACAAGGGCUACUGCAUCACUACAGAUAACUUUUACACGUCCCCAGAACUUGUUGACUUCCUGCUCAAAAGAUCAACCGAUGUUUAUGGCACAACACGAGUGACACGCAAGAAUCUUCCUCCUGGCCUAGCCACCACAAAGCUCAAGAAAGGCGAUAUGCUUGCCUUUCAAAGGGGCAAGUGUUUGCUGAUACAGUGA